AUGUUUUAUCAACGGAAGAAUUUUGUCUCACAUGUUGGACAUAUUACGUUACACAAUGACAAAAAUGGUGAGGGCAUUGAUAAAGUAUUUAAGAUUCCUCACUUCCCCAUGGAAGGCAUAUCCAUGAACCUUUCCAAACUACUUAUCAUUUCACCCCAAAACAACAAAUUACGUAUUGCUCUUGGAAAAAUAGAAGCUAAUCUAAUAGUAGCUAAGGAAAGAGGGCGAAUAGGAGAGGAAAUUAGAAAGGAUGUGGAAGUUGCUUGA